UUGCUUCCUCGAACAAAAAGCGGAAACAAAAGAAAUCAUACAUAUCUCAAAACUAAUUUUUGUGAGCUGAGCCGAGAAGCAGGUAUACAACUGACAGUGUCCAGUCGUUACAUCAUACAUCUAAAGCAGGGGGCUGACAUGGCUUUGAAAAGAAUACAGAAGGAGUUGCAUGACUUGCAAAGGGACCCUCCUGCUCAAUGCUCAGCUGGACCAGUUGGAGAGGACUUGUUUCAUUGGCAAGCCACCAUCAUGGGACCUACUGACAGCCCAUAUCAGGGAGGAGUAUUCUUCCUCACCAUCCACUUCCCCACAGACUAUCCCUUCAAACCACCAAAGGUAGCCUUCACAACGAAAAUCUAUCACCCAAACAUAAACAGUAAUGGUAGCAUUUGUCUGGACAUUCUGAGGUCACAGUGGUCCCCAGCACUUACAGUUUCGAAAGUUUUAUUGUCCAUAUGUUCUUUGCUAUGUGACCCAAACCCAGAUGACCCCCUAGUCCCAGACAUAGCACACAUCUACAAGCAGGACAAAGAAAAGUACAACAGAUUAGCAAGAGAUUGGACUCAAAAGUAUGCAAUGUAAAGGACUGAUGUUUUAGACAACGGAAAAAGCUUAAGCAAAUGUAUUUCCUGGACACCUCUGAAAACAAAGUACUGUUGCCACCCCUCAUCCACACUGGUUCAAGAAAGUGUUUUAUAUGGGAAGCACUUUCUAUGCCCAAAUUAACUGUUUUUAUGCUUUGAACUCAUUAUUUUCUUUGACAUUCCCAAUGUUAUAUAAAUUAUUAUUCAGUUAUUGCUGCGAUGGCCAUAAAGAUUUAAAAAUAUAUAUAUAUAUGAAUCCAGUCCCAUCUCUCAUCUUAUAGGUAAUUUUUUUCUUUCUUUUAGAUAUUUUUAUUGUAUAGUAUCAAGCUAUACUUAAUCUAUUUUUAUUAUUUUGCAUUAAAAAGUAAAACAAA